AUGUCCAACCCCGGCCCGAUGCCGCCGACCGCCUCAGCCUCCACAACUUCACCUUUACCCCCCGAAGCACAACACUUCGGCGCCGAAAUCAAAGGCAACCCAACUGAAUCCGAAGCCGACGUUGCCGCCGACCGGUCCGAUCUCGAUCCCCUUCCUGACUAUGUCAGAAGGCAGAUGAAGAAGGCUAUGCGGGAAGGGGGCGGUGAGGCGGGGUUCCCUCCUGCGGCGCCGACGCCGACGCCAGAAGAGUUCGGGUCCACAACAUCGUGGGAGUCGGCGGAUCAGUGGUUUGGGGAGGGAGUGGUGAAGGGGAAUCCGACGACGAGUGAGGCGGAUGUGGCGGCGGAUCGGUCGAGGGUUGAUCCGUUGCGGAGAAAAUUAAGGUUUCGGAAAACGAUAGGAGGGAGUUAA